CUGACACUUCCUGUUGGAGCCGAGCACAAGGUCAUCUGUCACAUAUACAUCCAAACUGCAACACGCUUAAUCCAAACUCCUUGGUGGCCGCAAUAAAAUGAUCGAUAGCUUCGUGCCUUCAAGCAGCUCCGUGCUGCUCACUGGAGUAAUGGUGCCAUUAUGUAUGACUGUGGCUUGGGUUGUUUAUAAAUACCGUUCUUGGAAGGUGAAGGAAAUGAUAGUUAAUUUAAAGACACAGCAAGCUCUCCGUCGAUAUGUAUUAUUGGAGUCUGUUCACGGAAAACCAGACAGUGUGCUGCUAACGUAUAAAGAGUAUUCAAGACAGGAUCAUCGCAUAAAGGGACUGAUAUUUACCCCAGAGCAAGAUAUUUUCUUUGCUGAUGCAGUGAAAAAAGCUACCCCUCUGACUGCUCUAGCACUGGGCACACAGUGUGGGUAUUCUGCAAUCCGUCUCUUGUCCCUCCUUCCCCCGAAUGGUCAAUUGUAUGCUGUGGAACAAGAUGAGAACAUGGCAGAGUCAGCUGAAGAAAUGAUUUUGGUGUCUGGUUUUAAAAACCCUCAGUUUAAACUGCUAGCUCAGCAUCCGGUAGAUGCCAUUCAUACCAUGAAGAAACAGUUUGGGAUGGAGAAGGUAGACCUAGUCUUGAUGGACCUCCAACCUGACCAUUAUCCUCAGUGCUUGCAGGCACUUGAAGAGGACAGAGUCCUGCACCCGGGUAUGCUACUGCUUGCCAACAACAUGGAGGAAUCAGGAGCCAAAGAAUUCCUAGACCAUCUUCAAAGCAAUCCAAGUUAUCGUAUCCUCUCUAGCUGUCAGGGGCUUAUGAUGGUGCAUUGUGUGGAAACAAGGUAGUCCAUCAUGAGAAGCUCAUAUCAGCUCAGUAAAGUAAUCAAAUAGACCAAACAGGUGAAAUUCAA